AAUAGGUCCCAAAAUUUACACACCAACGAAGAGGGCGUAAUCCGAAAAGCACAUGGAUGAAAUUAGGGGUAAUUAGUCAAAUUAAGACAGUAGACAGUUUCUUUACAACCGAUGUAACGAUAGGUCGCUCAAAUAUUUUUCUCUUGAAGAUAAUUUUUAUUUUUUUAUUUUAACAAGUAUUCUUUUUAUCGUUUUAUAUCUCAAAAUAAUAUCACAAAAUGGUCAACGACAGUCCAAAUGAUGAUUUGACAAAGUCAACUCCAAGACAAUCUGAAAAAUCUGACCGUGUAUGCAAAAAUGGAAAAUUGCAAUCGAAAGAUGAUACUGAAAAAAUUUCCCAGUAUUCUCCAUCAAAUGGUACGAGCAAUAAAAAUGAAGAAGCUAUGAAGGAACUAUUUAGUGACUAUAGAGUAUUUGAAAAUUGGUGUUCUAUAAAAUAUUAUGAAUUCAACACCCAAGUGGGUGAGACAUUUCAUGUAACAAAUAAUUCUCUGGAAGUAAAUGUUAAUAACUACACGAAUUACAGUAAUAAUAACACUAGUUUAUGCUUGGGUAAACUUACUAACGAGUCUCGCAAUAAAAUUAGUGAAACAAUAAAGAAUAAUAUCGGCCAGGGUAUCAUUAUAUACUUGCAAACAAAUGGCGAUAUUUGGUUGCGACAGAACUGCAAUCAAAAAAUUUUUGUAGAAUCAAAUUUUCUUACCAAAGAAAAUAUAUUAAUCAAUAAAACUGGUGCCCUACAAAUUUGUACACAUGCUUACAAUAAAAUAUUCAGCAUGAUUUUAGCUAACGAGCAAAUGAAGAUGCGUAUUAAUUCUGAUCCCAGCUCUAAGAAUGACAAAAAUAAUUUCAAGGAAUUUUUUACUAUUUAUGUAAGCUUUGGUGAAGUAUGGGGUCCUAAUUGUCCAAAGAAGACUAUUAAUGAAACGCCAUGCUGGUUAGAAAUUUUUUUCCACCCAGCUUCAAAAUUACUUGAUAUUCUUCUUAGUCAGUGAGAUAUUUGUAAAUUAAAAAAAUUUAUUAUUA